AUGAAAUCGGAUAUACAUCGACCGACUGUGCUUCAUGGAGAUGUUACGCUCCAGUCCGAGGACCACGACUUGAGUCAAUUCGGCUACAAGCCAGAGCUCGAGCGUAGAUUUGGUUUGUGGUCGAUGGUUGGAUUGUCAUGCACAAUCAUGGUAACGUGGGAAGCAUGGUUUACGCCGGCAUUGACUGGCGAUAGAACAUUCAACGUCGCCGUCAUCGACGGUGGUCGUACUGGAGCUUUCUGGGGAUUCCUCUUCGUCUGGGGAGGCUACACAACUGUCAUUGCCUCGCUCUCCGAACUGGUGUCCAUGGUCCCCACAGCUGCCGGUCAGUAUCAUUGGGCUUUCGAAUUGUCGCCGCCAAAAUACCGUAAAUUCAUUUCGUGGUUUACUGGCUGGCAGAUUGUUCUUGCUUGGCAAGCAGACUUUGCUGCCGUGCUCUAUCUGUGUGGCAUCCUUAUCCAGGCCAUGGCUGUGCUAAAUUAUCCGAAUUAUGCUGCUGAACGAUACCAAGCGACUUUGAUCUUAUGGGCUGUCAUCGUUGCAUCUGUUGCGUUCAACACGACUCUAGCUCGUCUGCUGCCGUGGGUCGAGGGUAGCAUUCUGAUUUGCCAUUGUUUGGGAUUCAUCGUGGUCUUGGUACCGAUCGUAUACUUUGUGAGUCUGCCCUCGAAAAGACACUGGGGGUCUCGCAACCCGAGCACAGCCAAGGCAUUCGUCGUUCACGAGCUAACGAAUGGAUAG